GGCAGGCCGAAUGUCGCGUACCCCUUCUUAAAUGGCAAAAAGGUCGUUGACCCCGCUCAUUACCCCCGCGAACUCCUGCUGGCAAGCGGGCCGACAUGAAAUGUCAGUUUUUUCGAAUGGAAUUCGGCACGGACGUCAUGUGCAUCGGGGUUAGAUCCAGCUGUUGCACUUGCGCGCAUCGUUACCUUUAAGAUGCUCGCGGAUAAAGCCUUGUUUUAGCUUAACCCGACACCAUUUUAGCGAAGCGAGAGUUUGGUGAACACGGCCGGCAUGACCGGACCAGUGUCUUCGGCAGCACCGGCGGAUUUUUUCCCCCUUAACGCGAAGCGGGGGGAAUUGACGUCCGAGCUAAUUCUAUAAAUGUCGGAUUUCAUUAUCUGUCGGCCUACCGAGCAGCGGCGGCGGCGGCGGGGGCGAGAGGGACGCGACGCGACGCGAGGAGAGGAGGAGACGGGGUCCACUAGGAGAGGAGGGUGCAUACACAAAAUACUUUCCCUUUAAAGCGGAGAGGGACAGAGGGGGUGAAGAAGAGAUAAAAAAAGAAAAGGAAGAAAGACAGAGAGGGAGGGAGGGCGAGGGAGAGAGGGAGAGAGUUUGAAAAAAAGAGAAAGAUGUCAUCCUGUCGAUUGAAACACCGAGGCGGAGCCAUGGACCGCGUCCGACCAGGAGCUCUCUAGUUAGGGGACGAGCAGUACGCAACGCCGAGGCUUGGGACCCGACGCUGCGGCCUUUCCGGAGCUAUCGCAAAAUAAAUGACUCCCGAACAGCUGCUGACUAUGAUUGGCACGUUUCGACUACUCGUCCAUCUUCUUUAUAUGAAUAAUCUCUAUUUUGCAUGCAAUUCACCAAUUUUUAUUACAGUAGACAUAAGCAAAUUAUAUUAAAAACGCACCAUUAAAGCAAGCAUGAUACCAACCAUUUUGUCGCAUUUACAAAAGCAUCUUGUCAGUGCCUGUGUAUCGCCAACAGAUAUUAAUUCAUAACUCAUAGCAGCCUAAUCACUAAUAAGUGUUGGUUGAUAGAAGCGAAAUAUCGUCCGGUGUCAUUAUAUAGAUCCACUAAUUAACCCGGGCAGGUAGAGGAGAGCUGCCCUACAGGCCUCGGAUUGUUUUCCUAGCAGUAGUUGGGGCUUUUCUUCCCGGGCUCCGCUGCCUUCCUCCCUCCCUCCCCUGCUCGGUCCCAGCCUGGUUAGCUUUUCCUCCUUCAGCAUGGACACCUCCUGGAGCAAUUUCCUCUUUCAGACGCCGCCGACCCAGAGCCAACCGGAGACGCCUCUUCAGUCGGAGCUGCUGCCUGAGCUGACGGGCUCGGCUCAGAGUCCUCCGGCGGAGCACGUCGUGACGCCGCCGUCCACCGUCGACACCGCCGCCCUGAGUGAGGACCCGCUACCUGUCAAACCGCUCACCAAACCCAGCCGGCCGGCCCACAUCUGCGCCACCUGCAACAAGGAGUUCAAGAACAGCUACAACCUGCGGAGGCACCAGUCCGUGCACACGGGCAUCAAGAUGAAGGACCGAGCCGCCCGGGAGAAGGAGGACGGGGGGAAGGGAGGACGGAUGGAGAAGCAGACGGUCCCGCUCUCCCUCCUCCACCUCACCCUGCCCCCUCAGCCUCCUCCUCCCCUUCCCACGGCCGCCGCUCCAGAGACCCUCCCCCAGCCCGGUCAGCACGCCAACCAGGAGGGCCUGCCCGUCUCUGUGUCCAUCGCCCCGGCAACCGUAACCAUGGCCGCUCCGCCGCAGCCCAUCCAAGCAGCUGUUGUUGUUGUUGGGUCCAUGGAGCAGACUCCAAAUCCCAAUCCCAAUCCCAACACUAACCAGGUGAGGAAGAAUCACGCCUGUGAGGCCUGUGGAAAGGCCUUCAGAGACGUCUACCACCUCAACCGUCACCGGCUGUCCCACUCGGACGAGAAGCCCUACUCCUGCCCCAUCUGCCAGCAGCGCUUCAAGAGGAAAGACAGGAUGAGUUAUCACGUGCGCUCACACCAAGGGGGUGUGGAGAAACCUUACGUCUGUCCGCACUGCGCCAAGGCCUUCUCCAGACCGGACCACCUCAACAGUCACGUUCGCCAGGUGCACUCUACAGAGAGACCGUUCAAGUGCACGACGUGCACGUCAGCGUUUGCCACGCGGGAUCGUCUCCGCGCUCAUCUGAUCCGUCACGAGGAGAAGGUGCCGUGCCACAUCUGCGGGAAGCUGCUGUCUGCUGCUUACAUCACCGACCACAUGAGGGUCCACAACCAGUCGCAGCACCACGCCUGUCACCUCUGCAACCGCAGCUUCACCACCCUCACCUACCUGCGUGUCCACGCUCAGAAGCACCACGGCCAGGAGUGGAAGGAGAGCGGCGGGGCGCGGGGGGGUUUCGGUGGGACGGGGGCCGGCGGGGUGCUGCUCUGCCAGCUGUGCGGGGUGCAGUGUAAGACGGCCACGCAGCUCCAGGGUCACAUGGGCACACACGCCAACCAGGGCGUCCCCAGCCCCGACCCGACGAGCACGGGCCCCGUGGGCACCACCAGCGUGGCUGUCACUGUGUCCAGUGCUAGCACGGUGGGACUGCUGGUAACUGACUGCUCCAGUAUCGCCCCCCAGCCUCACAGCUAGCACGCUGGGAG